AUGUUCCUGUUCUCCGCCGCCUGCGGGAACUUCGGUCUGGUCAUUAACACGCAGAAGACGGUGGUGAUACACCAACCGCCACCCAACUCAGCCACAGCCCCCAACGCGCCGCCGCAAAUCAGCGUGAACGGAACCCAACUGCAAAUGGUGGAGAACUUCCCGUACCUGGGCAGUACUCUCUCCCGCAACACUAAGAUCGACGACGAAGUCGCCAACAGGAUCUCGAAAGCCAGUCCAGCCUUCGGUCGCCUCCAAAGCACAGUUUGGAAUCGCCACGGUAUUCAGCUGAGCACGAAGCUGAAGAUGUACAAGGCCGUCAUCCUGCCGACACUACUGUAUGGAGCGGAGACUUGGACGGUGUACGCAAAGCAGGCACGCCGUCUGAACCACUUCCACCUCAGUUGUCUUCGUCGCAUCCUGAGGCCUAAGUGGCAGGAUCGAAUCCCCGACACUGAUGUGCUGGAACGGACGGGAAUCCUCAGCAUCUACGCCAUACUGAGGCAAAUUCAGCUGCGCUGGAGCGGCCAACUGAUGCGCAUGGACGACGAGCGACUACCCAAACGACUCUUCUACGGAGACGUCGCGACGGGUUUUCGCCGUCAAGGAGGCCAGAUUCGCCGUUACAAAGAUACCCUGAAGUCCUCCCUGAAGCACCUGCAAAUCAACCCCACCAACUGGGAGGAGCUCGCACUCGAUCGACCGACCUGGAGGAGGACAGUGAAGACAGGCGCUGCGAUCUACGAAGCCAAUCGCAUCGCUGCCGCCAAAGCGAAACGUGAAGCCCGCAAAUCACAACUUCGCCCAGUAAGCAACGCCGUCGCACAACCGCUUCCAACGUGUCCUCGAUGUCAACGGACAUUCCGGGUUCCAAUCGGACUUGUUGGACAUCUUCGGAUUAACUGCGCCUCUCGAACGGCACCAACCAUCGUCCCCCCGCCGGCCUCUUCCUCCUCCUCUCCGCCGCCAACUAACCCUCACAAUUCUUCUGACAUACCACUUCCAUCAUCAUUAUCCUCCUCCUCCUCCUCGCCCUCUGCUCCAACGGCGGCCGCUCAGGCGACUGUACCGCGCACAGCAACCGACACUACCACCACCUCCCCCGACUCCAGGGAUGACGAUCAGGACUACACCUGCCCUCACUGCGACCGUACCUUCACCUCACACAUCGGCCUGGUCGGUCACUUGCGAAUCCAUCGCAUAGAGACUGGCGAACCAGUGCGUGAAGCACCAACCUACACCCCCCGCACUUGCCUCCACUGCCUACACUGCCCUCGCACCUUCAGGCAUCGCAUGGGCCUUUUCGGCCACAUGCGCAUCGACGAGAGUGGCCUUGACCGCACUCCCGACACACCCACCACAUCCACCGUGCACACCCCCACCCUCGUUCCAUCCGUCCGCGCCACCACCACUGCCUCCUCUGUAGCUGACACUGACACCGCCGACUUCUCAUGCCCACACUGUCCACGCACAUUCUCCUCACGCAUCGGCCUGGUCGGUCACUUGUGA